AUGUCCGCCAACGGCUCUGCGGCGAUGGAGCCGCGGCUCUGCCACGUGCGGAAGGUAGCCAACUUCGAUGGAUACGGAUUUAACCUCCACGCCGAGAAGGGAAAACCCGGCCAGUAUAUCGGCAAAGUCGACGAAGGCUCACCCGCGGAGACGGCUGGCCUACGUCGCGGCGACCGCAUCCUCGAAGUAAAUGGGCAAAGUAUCGCAGGUGAAACUCAUAAACAAGUGGUGGCGCGUAUUAAGGAGAGACCUGAUGACGCAGAGCUACUGGUGGUUGCGCCGGCGCCAGGUGAUCCUUUGCCUGAUCUCGAUACACCUGAACGUCCUGUGUCGGCGAAUUCUGAUUCUCAGCCAGCAAAUUCCUCGCCUACACCAGGAAAAGAAUCUGCAAAUAACGUCGACCGCACCGAUUCUCCGACGGUGGAGCCUCCGCGUUUAAAUCUUCAAAUGACGGCAGCGGAGAUGAGAGCUCAUCUUGCUGCUAAGAAAAAAUUGGAUCCCAAGAAAGUCCCGAUGGAUCUUAAAUCCAAGUUCGACAUCGUAAAGAAGUUAUGA